AUGGUGGUGGCAGUGUCACCAGGACUGCAGGGUGAGGCAGUGGCAUGGGCGGCGGACCUGUACAGCGAUCAUACCCGGGAGCUGGCUGACGCUGGGCUGUUCCUGGAUGUGUUGCAUGCCCACUUUGAAGACAGCUCCUGGGUUCAGCGCGCUGAGGCAGAGUUGCUGGCAUUGAGGCAACGUGGUCAUCAUGCAACUGACUACAUCCGUGACUUCUGCAGGGUUUGGCAUGGCUGGACAAAUGGGGUCCUACGAUAUGGUGGGAAGGGGGUUACCGAAGGCUCCGUAUCGGGGUGGGUCCUCAGGCCCCUACAUGAUUCUGGGGAAAAGAGGGCAGGGUAUACGGACAAGAAGGCGAAGGCAGAGUUGACAGAAUCCAGGGAAGAUGUCCCCUUUCCGGAGGUAUACAAUGAUCUUGCUGAGGUAUUCAGUGAGCAGGAGUGCAACGUCCUGCCACCUCACCGCACUACUUAUUGCGUGGUUGAUAUCCUGCCGGGAGCUAAGUUGCCCAAACCCAGGAUGUACACCAUGACACCCAGAGAGCUGGAGGACCUACGACGUUACAUCGACCAGAACCUGGCCUGGGGAUUCAUUCAACCAGCUCAGUCACGAGUGGCCGCCCUGGUCUUAUUAAACGAGAAAAAGGACUGUUCCCUACAGCUCUGUGUGGACUUCCGCGGGAUUAAUGCGGUGUGUGUGGAGCAUCUAUACCCACUCCCAUUGAUGAAAGACCUACUGGCCCAUCUGGGUAUGGGCCAUGUGUUCUCAAAGCUGGACCUGUGUGAGGCUUACUACAGAGUCCGGAUAAAGAGUGGAAAUGAGUGGAAGAUGGUGUUUAACUGCCCGCUCAGCAGUUACCAAUUCCGUGUGAUGCCUUUUGGCCCGAAAGGGGCCCCCGUGGUGUUUAUGCAACUCAUCAAGUGCACGAGCACUUGUACCUUACAUGCAUUUCUUCGUGACAUUUCAUUCAACAAUUCAGCUGGAGAGAACAUGCAUUUUAAUGAAAAAGGAGAAAUUGUUUCUGGUUUGGAUAUAAUGCACACAAGGUUAUUUUCAAACAACUCCUUCAAAAAAGUUAGAAUUGGACAGGUAAAACCAACAGCUUUUGAAGGAAAACAAUUCUUUAUACAUGAUGAAAUUAUUGAGUGGCCUAAAACCUUUAACCAGGUAUGUCCUAUUUCUGUGUGCAGUGAUUCGUGCCAGCCAGGAUUUCAGAAACAAAAGAAGGAAGGGGAACAAUUUUGUUGCUAUGAUUGCUUACCAUGUCCAAAAGGAAAGAUCUCCAACAAGACAGACACAGAUGAAUGUAUUCAGUGCCGAGAUGAUCAGUAUCAAAGCCAGAGCAAUGACAGCUGUUUCCCCAAAAUAAUAACCUUUCUUUCCUAUGAAGAACCAUUAGGAAUGGGUUUAGUCUCAAUUGUCCUUUGUUUUUCACUGGUCACAGGCUUGGUGUUGAUUACUUUUAUUAAGCACAGUGAUACAGCCAUAGUCAAAGCCAAUAACCGAGAACUCACCUAUAUUCUUCUUUCCUCUCUCCUGCUCUGCUUCCUCUGCUCUCUUUUAUUCCUUGGCCAUCCCCACAAAGUCACUUGCCUCAUUCGUCAUGUUGCUUUUGGUAUCAUCUUUACUGUGGCAGUUUCUUGUGUGUUGGCCAAAACCAUCACUGUGGUUCUUGCUUUCAUGGCCACUAAACCAGGAUCCAAUGUGAGGAGGUGGGUGGGAAAAAGUCUGGCCAACACCAUUGUCCUUUCCUGCUCUCUCAUUCAAGCUGGCAUUUGUACUGCAUGGCUGGCCAUUGCUCCUCCGUACCCCAGGUUGGAUAUGAAAUCUCUGCCAAACAAGAUAAUAGCAGAAUGCAAUGAAGGCUCUACCUUUAUGUUUUACUUUGUAUUGGGCUACAUGGGACUUCUGUCCAUCAUCAGUUUCAUAGUGGCUUUCUUAUCUAGAAAUUUACCGGAUGCUUUCAAUGAAGCCAAAUUCAUCACUUUUAGCAUGCUCAUGUUUUGCAGUGUUUGGCUGACUUUUAUCCCAACUUAUUUGAGUGCCAAAGGCAAAUACGUGGUAGGUGUGGAGAUCUUCUCCAUUUUGGCCUCUGGGGCUGCACUGCUUGCCUGUAUCUUUUUUCCAAAAGUUUAUAUUAUCUGGUUGAGACCUGAGCUGAAUAAUAAGGAGGGAUUAAUAAGGACAAAGAAUAAACCAGUGAAAUUGAAUACUCUUAUAUAA